AUGGAGGACGGGCGUCCCGUGUGGGCGCCUCACUCCACUGACGGGUUUCAACUCGGGACGAUCGUCGACAUCGGCCCAGACUCCCUCAGCAUCGAACCUCUGAAGGGAAACGGGAAGGUUUUGAUUACCACUCCAGUUACUAUUGUCCAGAAGCCAGUUCUAACAAAGGCUGGUUCUGAUGCAGCCAAGUCCACUGAUGCUGAUGAUGCUCCUACCACCACUGUGUUUGUGGGGAACAUUUCAGACAAAGUUUCAGACCUCUUGGUUAGACAGCUGCUAGCGAAAUGUGGUGUUGUUUUAAACUGGAAACGUGUGCAAGGAGCUUCUGGCAAACUACAAGGUUUUGGGUUCUGUGAGUACAAAGAACCAGAAUCUACCCUCCGUGCGCUUAGACUUCUGCAUGAGUUACUUCUUGGAGACAAAAAGCUUUUGGUGAAAGUGGAUGCCAAGACAAAGGCCCAGCUGGAUGAGUGGAAAGCCAAGAAGAAAGGCGUCAAUGGAGAGGCAGCUGGUGAAUCCAAAGAUGCGGAAGAAGAGGUUUUGGAUGAUGACACGUUGCGCCGUGAUCAGGAAGUGAAAGUGGCAAUUAGCGCUUUGCUACGAGAAUAUGCAACUGACCACAGUGCUACCUCACAGGACGAUGAUAGUCAAUCUCGCAUCAAGAAACUGAGAGAGAAGAAAGAUGAGGUGGAUAUCAGUGGUAUUGAGAUAGAAGAUGACAAACGAGACCUGAUUUCCCGAGAGAUCAGUAAAUUCAGAGAUACACACAAGAAACUGGAAGAGGAGAAAGGAAAAAGAGAAAAGGAACGACAGGAUCUUGAAAAGGAAAGAAAAGAGAGAGACAAGAAGCGCGAACACGAGGGCGAGCGCCGCGACAGAGAUCGAGACAGAGAGCGAGAUCGAGACAGAGAUCGGGAGAGAGAUCGGGAACGGGACCGGGAUCGGGAAAGAGAACGGGAGAGAGAGAGGGAGAGAGACAGAGAGAGAGACAGAGAGAGAGAGCGUGAACGAGAGACCAGAGAACGAGACCGCACCAGAGAGAGGACGAGAGAGAGGGAGCGAGAAAAGGACAGAGACAGGAGUCGAGAAGUCAGCGAAGACCGCAAGUCCAGGGAAAGAACAAGAAAAGAUGAAAAAAUAGACCCUAAUGAAGAUAUUGAAGAUGUCUAUGAAAGAAGAAGACUAGAGCGGCGACUUCGAGACAAGGAGGCUGCCUACCAGGAGGUCGUCUUAAAAAACUGGGAAAUUCGCGAGAAAAAGAAAGAACGCGAUUAUGAAAAAGAAAUGGAGCGUGAGAAGGAAAGACGCCGUGAAAGGGUGAAGGAGGCAAAGAGACUAAAAGAAUUCCUAGAAGAUUACGAGGACGGCAGAGACGACCCAAAGUACUUCAGGGGCAGCGCGCUCCAGAAGAGACUUCGAGACCGAGAGAAGGAGGUAGAGAUGGAUGAGCGAGACAGAAAGAAAGAGAAGGAAGAAAUGGAGGAGAUCAGACAGAGGCUUUUGGCUGAAGGGCACCCAGACCCUGAGGCAGAACUGAGGAGGACGUACGUGGCGAACAUCCUGAUCGCCGUGAACCCGUACUACGACAUCCCCAAACUCUACUCCCCCGAAACCAUCAAACAGUAUCAGGGACGCUCUCUGGGGACGCUGCCUCCUCAUUCCUGGUUUAGACCUCCCUGGUUUAUCGUUUCUGGAGAAUCUGGAGCCGGAAAAACCGAAAACACAAAGUUUGUGCUCAGAUAUUUGACCACGUCGUACGGGACCGGACAGGACAUCGAUGAGAGGAUCGUGGAAGCGAACCCCCUGCUGGAGGCUUUUGGAAACGCCAAGACUGUUCGGAACAACAACAGCAGCCGCUUCGGGAAGUUUGUGGAAAUCCACUUUAACGAGAAGAACGCGGUGGUGGGGGGGUUCGUGUCUCAUUACCUCCUGGAAAAGUCUCGGAUCUGCACCCAAGGCCCUGAGGAGAGGAACUACCACAUCUUCUACAGACUGUGUGCAGGAGCUCCAGAGGACAUGAGGGAGAAGCUCCACCUCAAAGCCCCAGACACCUUCAGGUACCUGAACAAAGGCUGCACCAGAUUCUUCGCCUCCAAAGAAACCGACAAACAGAUUCCACAAAACCGCAAGAGUCCAGAGCACGUGAAGAGCGGUCCGUUGAAGGAUCCUCUCCUGGACGAUCGUCUGGAUUUUAACCGGAUGAGCGACGCCAUGAAGAAGAUCGGCCUGGACCAAUCAGAGAAGCUGGAUCUGUUCAGGACGGUGGCGGGCGUCAUGCACCUGGGCAACGUCGACUUCGAGGAGGCGGGCAGUACUUCAGGCGGCUGUGCGAUCCGUCACCAGAGCAGUGAGUCGGUGUCGUUCUGUGCCGAGCUCUUGGGUCUGGAGCAGGACGACCUCAGGGUCAGUCUGACCUCCAGAGUCAUGCUGACCACAGCAGGGGGCGCCAAAGGGACCGUCAUCAAAGUUCCUCUGAAGGUGGAGCAGGCGAACAGCGCUCGAGACGCUCUGGCCAAAGCCGUGUACAGUCGUCUGUUCGACCACGUCGUGACCAGAGUGAACCAGUGCUUCCCCUUCGACUCGUCCGCCAACUUCAUCGGCGUCUUGGACAUCGCCGGCUUCGAAUAUUUUGAGCACAACAGUUUUGAACAGUUCUGCAUCAACUACUGCAACGAGAAACUCCAGCAGUUCUUCAACGAGAGGAUCCUGAAAGAGGAGCAGGAGUUGUAUCAGAGGGAGGGACUCGGUGUGAACGAGGUUCAUUACGUCGACAACCAGGACUGUAUCGACCUGGUGGAGGCCAAACUCGUGGGGAUCCUGGACAUUCUGGACGAGGAAAACCGACUCCCACAACCUUCAGACCAACACUUCACCCACGCAGUCCACAGCAAACACAAAGACCACUUCAGACUCAGCAUUCCCAGAAAGUCCAAGUUGGCGAUUCACAGAAACGUGAGAGACGACGAAGGAUUCAUCGUGAGACACUUCGCCGGAGCCGUGUGCUACGAGACCUUUGUGUUUGUAGCUCGGUAG